UUGGUAAUACCAAAAAAAAAAAAGUAUACACAUGUUGCUUCACAAAGUGUAGGCCAUCAAAGAACAAACAAUAAAGAACCGUCUAGUAGCUGAAUCAAUCACGGUGAGGACUCAUCUUCUCUUCUCAAUCCGUUUCACACAACAAAAACCCUCAUUUUCCCCUUAUCCAAUUCAGCUUUUUCACUCUUCUUCAUCAACUUCCCCUUCGUUCUCUGAAGACAAAGAUUCAACCUUUCUGGUAUUUUUUCGCGCAAUCCAUUUUCUUUUCGCAAACAACUUUUUGUUUCUAUGGUUGGUGAAUGCUGCACAAAUUUUCGUUUCAUGGGUCUCAGUAAUUUAUGAGUUUCCAGAAAAACCCUUGAAUUUGAAAUUGAGAGUAUUGGAUUGUAUAGAUUCUUAUUGUCUUGUUUGAUUGAAAAUUUAACGACCCUUUUUGCUAAAGUUUUGAUUUUUGGAAUUGCUGCACAAGUGUAGAAAUUAGAAUUGAUUUUGGGAAAUUAGGAUUUAGAAGUGAUUUUGAGAAAAUGGGUAAGCCUUUGAUUUAUGAGAUCUUGGAAAAACCAGCAACAAGUGUUAUUAUAGCAAUUUGCAGUGCAAUUUGGUUUUAUAUACAGAAGAAAAAUAUUGGUUAUUCACAUGUUGGUUUGAGUUAUGAGACUGCAAUGGAAGGACAAUAUUGGAGAAUAAUCACUUCUGCAUUUUCUCAUAUAAGUAUAAUUCAUCUUGUUUUUAACAUGAGUGCACUUUGGAGUCUUGGGGCUGUAGAGCAAUUGGAUCAUGUUGGCCUCGGUGUCGAGUAUUAUUUGCAGUAUACACUUGUGUUGGUGGUUGUAUCGGGGGUUUUGGUUUUGGCAAUGUAUCACUUGUUGAUUCAGAGAUUCAAGGUUGAGUAUUUUCGUCGAGUUACGGCUGUUGGUUAUUCGUGUGUUGUUUUCGGGUGGAUGACGAUUCUUUCUGUGAAGCAACCUUCUUCAAAGUUGGAGCUCUUUGGAUUUCUUUCGCUUCCUAUUAGUUUUGCUCCGUUUGAAUCACUUAUUUUCACUUCGAUUAUUGUUCCUCAGGCGAGUUUUAUUGGCCAUUUAUCUGGGAUUGUUGUUGGAUAUGCUAUAGCUUGGGGUUUGAUUCAUGGGAUGACUAAUUACUGGGCACUUACCUUAUUGGGUUGGAUUGUUCUUGUCUUUGUUUUGAGUUUGAAGAAAUCUAGUGCACUUGACAUAAGCUUCAUUGAGAUUGAAUCUGUUACCGAUCCUUCAUUACCGUCUGUGCGAUUUUUGGGAUCUGGCAAUGGUAGAACCCUGCAGAUGAGUGCAUUGCCAGAUGGAAAUGUUGACAUUGUCUAAUGUUGAAUUGAUAUAUCAUUGUUAUGUAACCUUGGUCGACACAAACCAAUAUUGACAGCAAUAUGACUCCAAUUUUUCUUAUAUAGAAAUUGUUCAUAGGUUCAUUAAUAUUUGUGUUUAGAAUUUGCAUCUUUAGCUAUGUGGUAAUGAAUGUUUCAGAUGAUAUAUGCCAAUUUGACGAAGUGACACUGCUCAUUGCAAAUGUCUACUUUUUGUUCCUUUUU